AUGAUCCCCUCACAACACCAACAACAUCCAUUUCCUUCUCAUGCUGCUCUCAUGCAAACUCCACCACCAUCAAACUCUCCAUGGAUCAAUCCAUUCUUUUCUCCAACAAUUAUGACUCAUCGAAUGACUUGUACUCAAUGUAAGAACGUUCAAGAUGUUUUUGUUCCUCCAACUCCUUCCGAUCCGAAUGCUCUCGAUGAGAGUUUUGUAUUUCUGAGUGAUUUCAAUUCACCAACGGCUUCCAUUAUGGAUACAUUUCAAAGUAAUAGCAAAAGUAUAGAAAGAAUUGAAGAAAUUAAUUACAUGAUUGAUGAAUUAUUGGAGAAUGGAGAAAGUUUGGAAUCACUUUUAAAUCAGCAAUCACUGUGUGGAGCUUGUUUGAAAGAUUUAUUUGAAGAGCUUUCGAGGAGAGAGGAUUUAUUGAAGAAAGAGUGUGACACUUUCGAGAAAAUGUUGAAAGAAAAGAAACAGUUGUCAAAGGAGGAACUUGAAUCCGAUGUCAACAAUUACAAAAAAGAAAUGGAUAAGCUGAGAAAUGAAGAAUUUGAAGAGAGAGAAAAGAUUUUAUUAUUUCAUACUGACCGACAGUGUCGUGUUGGAAGAAAGGCCAUGAAUUUACAAAAUGAAAUCAAUUCGCAACAAGAAAUAGAAAAGGGCUACUGGAAAGCAUAUUUUGAAUAUUUGGAGAAUAUGCAGAAUGUAUCAGAAGACAAUAGAAGAAUACAAAUGAGAAGUGGCAGGAAGAAAUUCAAUCCUGAGAAAUUAUUUUCAAUUCACGAAAACCCAAGCCGAAUAAUGAUGAUUAACAGCUUAAGAAUGGGAACAUUGAGAACUGAGCAAGUGUCGUGGGACGAAAUUAAUGCUGGAUGGGGAUUGUGUGCGCUCUUAAUUAACAUGAUUGCCCAAAAAUUAUCCAAAUUUAGAUUUAGCAAGUACAAAAUAACACCAAAAGGGAGUCACACCACUGUCAAAGAAUUGGAGAGUGGAGAGAACUAA